AUGCUCCCGCAAAAACCGCCUCGACUGCGCCGCCGCCGCGCAACUCCUUCACUCCCCCGCCCUCAACCGUCCAUUCUUCUCUCCCUGUCCAACUACCAGCCUCUGCUCCUCCUCACUCUGGCUCUCUUCUCCCUCUUCACCCCCUCUCUCGGGCGCUUCGUCAUUGUGGGUCAACGGCACAUAGACGGCUUCAACUAUCCGUGGAAUCCUGUCGUGAACUACACAAAAUGGGCCGCUACCUUCCCUGUCAUUGCAGGCGAUACCCUGGUGUUUCAAUACGAGUCAGGCGAAGAAGUUGUGUACGAAGUGCCGUCGCAGGGCGACUUAGACGACUGUCGCCUGGACGACGCGAGGUUGCUGUGCGACUCAAUGGACGGUGAGGGCGGCAGGAGCAGCGACCGAGGUGGACAUGUGAGGGGGUGCCGCGUGGUCGUCGCGCCACGUACGCUUUAUUUAACGUCAAAGGUUGAUCACUGCCGCGCGGGACAAAGGGUCGUGAUACGACCACGAGAAAGUGGUUCGGAACACGUCAGCUCUGAUUCGCACGGGAACCUACCCGAGCGGCUGUGGCGGCCGCCCGACGCGCCAUCCCUCGUAAGCACCGCCGCAGCAGGCGGGCGGCGGGUGAUCGUGGGGGCAGCUGCCGGCGGGUACAACUACCCGUGGAACCCGGCGGUGAACUACAACGCGUGGAUUGCGGCCAAUAAGCUCUACGCGGGAGACUUCGUGGUUUUCAAAUACCCGGCGUUCCAGGAAGAGGUGGUGCAAUUUUCGACUCUGGCGGACUUCAAAUCGUGCAACUUCCGCGCGGCCAAAAUUAUCUGCUACGACUCUUGGGGCCAAAACGGGUGCGCCCUCCGCGUGACCGCCGCGCCGGCCAUGUACGCGUCGGGGCUGUACGGGCACUGCAAGGCGGGGCAGAAGCUCUUGGUGAAGGCUUCCGCGCGCCCGUAUUCUCCCCGCACGCUCGUGGUUGGGUACAUGUCGGAACAGUUCGCGUGGCAGUGGAAUCCCGAGGCGCAGCUGGCGAAGUGGGCGAGCGCGAAUAAAGUUUACGUGGGCGACACGCUUGUGUUCAAGUAUCCGCCUUACAAGGACGAGGUGUACAUUGUGCCCACACUUUCCGACUAUAACAACUGCGUCUACACCAACUACGUGUCGUACUGUAACGGUACGGACGGAGGCGGGCAGGGGUGCUUCACCAACCCCAUCACCAGCACCACCUACUUCGUAUCCGGCCUGUACAGCCACUGCAAGGCUGCUAACCAGAAGAUCAUCAUCACUCCCUUGAAGCCGCCAUCCUGA